AUGAUAAGUGGAGCGUUUGGACUAAGAAUGUCUCCCUCUGAGUCAUCCUUUCUACCAUUCGAUCCAUCUGUGUGUCUGCCUGAUCGUCCUUCUGAGAGUCCAAGUGAAGAAAAAGACAAAUGGAAAAAAAAAGACCAUUCAUGUCAACUUUGCAGAUUGUGAGGUAUCCAUCCCAGGCAGACAGAGCAGAACAGAGGGGGGAGAACUGAGGGGGAGGAGGGACUGGUGGCAUCGCUCAAUAGAUUCCUCAUGCAUGCCUGGUUUUUCUGGCCAGCUUUAGUCAGGCUUCCUGUGGACGAUGGCUUCCUCUGCAGCAUGGAUGCUGUGGAUUCUGUCUGCAGCUUUCACCUCUCUAGAGAACGCCGCACUCCGGGUCUUGGUGAGGGAGUCCAGCCUGGAGGUGGUGAGAGGCGAUCUUGUCAUCCUCCCCUGCUCCUUCUUCACCUCCUCCCACCUCUCCAGACUCAACAUUAUCUGGACCAUGGCUCCUCUCUCCAGCCCAGAGAGUCCCAUACAGGUGAUCGUGUUUGACCACGGCCAGGUGAUCGAGAACCCCUCCCUCAUUAGCAGGGUGGCUUUUACAGGUCUACCCGUGAGUGCCGACAUUGUCCUCAAUAACACCCAAGUGUCGGAUGCUGGAGUCUACAGAUGUAUGGUCAACAACCCACCGGAGGCUGCAGAUCCUGGCAUAGGAGAGCUGGUGCUGAAUGUUCUGGAGCCACCCUCACUGCCCAUCUGCCAGUGGGAUGGAGAUCUGCAGCUGGGAGGCAGCGUCAGGCUCUCCUGCUCUGUGGCAGAGGGGGUCCCCGCUCCGGACAUCCGCUGGGCCAAGGUGGCCCCCGAGGAAAUCCCACUUCCUGUCAACAGGGAGGGGGAAUUUUCCGGCUCAGUGCGGAUCGUGAACGUGUCCUCUCAGAUGUCCGGUUUGUACCGGUGCUCGGCCUCCAACGUCCUGGGAACAGAGAACUGCUAUAUCAACCUGUCAAUCUACACCACUCAAGUCGGCCCCUCCGGCCUUCUGCAGGCCGUCCUGCUGACGCUGGCCAUGAGCCUCCUGCUACUGGCCCUGCUGAUGCUCAUCCUAUGGCUUCAUCGCACUGGACAGGACGGAAGGAGGCGAGGAAGGAAAGCUGAAGAGGAGGAGUGUUAUAAUGAAAUACGGUACACCCCCUCAUUGAUGAAACGCUCCUUUGUCUGAGUUCUCCCUGUGAAAACAGAAAAACUACAAAUUAACCCGAGUUCUUGUGUGUCUGAGGAUGUGUCACUGCCUAGCUGUACAUCUUAUUUUGAAAUAAACAAUCAGCGUCUGA